CCUUAAGGAAAAGUGGAAUUCAAUUUGAGGCAAAUCUUAAAAAAAAACUUUACCAAAAAAGUAAACUCAUUUCUGAAUUUUAUGAUGUGAAGAUAAUUUUUGCAGAAGAAAAAAAAAAAAGUUGUCAACCGAUGUGUCAAGAGACCUUGUUUAUGUUUUUCAAUUAAAAGGGCUGCUUAACUUUGUAAUGACUUACAGAAAGCAAAACCCUUACCAAACAUUAAUACGAAUUGGAAUUGAUUCAGGAGGUGGAUCACUUAAGGUAAUUUGUAACCUCUUUGAUCCAGAAAAAGAACGAUGCGAAGAUCAAAGUUCUCACGGAACAUACUCUGGAAUUAACCAUUCCAUAGUUCUUGCAAAUCGUGACAACUUGCAGGAGACACACAAAAAUUUAGCCAUUUUAUUAGAUCUUCUAAAGCUAGAAGAUUGUAAAUAUGUUCUUGCAGCUGAUUUGAAUAUAAUUAAUAUUCUUCUAGGAAUUUCAGUAAGUUAUGAUUUAAAAAUAAUUUAUUAUGUAACUUUUAAUUAGUUAAUUAGGAUUUAAAAAAAAACAUAAGA